AUGAACAUAUUAAUCCUUUUUGCACUGAUUUCCAUCAGUGCGGUACACUGCGGUCCUAUUCAAGUGAAAGAUAAUAAUAUAGGAGACCUUAUCAAUGUGAGAGCUGAUCUAGAUGCUACCAUCACACGUGGUGUUAACGCCAACCUUCAAGAUGUGAUCAUUGCUUUAGUGAAGAAUAGUGAGCUACGACCACCUCCACCACCACCGUUGCCGUACCCACCGCCACCACAGUCGCCAUAUCCGCCGCCACCACAGUUGCCGUAUCCACCGCCACCACAGUUGCCGUACCCACCGCCACCACAGUUGCCAAAUCCCCCGCCACCACAGUCGCCAUAUCCACCGCCACCACAGUUGCCGUAUCCACCGCCACCACAGUUGCCGUACCCACCGCCACCACAGUUGCCAAAUCCACCGCCACCACAGUCGCCAUAUCCACCGCCACCACAGUCACCGUAUCCACCGCCACCACAGUUGCCGUACCCACCACCCCCGCAGUUGUCGAAUCCACAACUACCAUAA